UACAGGAGCCCUAUAGCUAUAGGAACAUUGAAUAAUGGUUUGGGGUAUUCUUCUGCUAUUGAAAUGGAUGAAGAGUCAGGAAAUGAGAUGAAGACUGAAAUACUGAUGUCCGCAGAUUUCUUCAGUGAGAAGGACAAUACUCCUGCUCCUGUCAAUAUCAGUGAAAAUGAAGGUGUCCCAACUGAAAUGGUUGCGCUAGGUCAUGAUGAGGAAAAUUCUGAAAGUAUGAAAGCCUCUGAGGAAGCCCCUGCUGAAAUAGCAGCCACCUCUGAGCCCGAGGAGAACAGAGGAAACAAGUUCCCUGCCGUUGAUGACCUCACUAUAACUGAAGACUUGUUUGUGAAGAUGAAGGAGGACAAUGGACAGCUAAUGUUUCACGAGGAGAGUGUUGUUUUUGAAAACAGCAAUGAUGGUGAUGGAUCUCCCAGACUGCAUCUGGAGACCCCAGAGAGACGGAACAUCCGUCCUACACAGGAGGAAGACCAAGCUGAAGAAGAGGAGCCUGCUGCUGUUCGUAUACACAUAGACGAUAUUAACUAUGAAGAAUACAUGCAGUUCCACCAGCAGUUGUGUGAGGACCGUGAGACCGCCAGCCUAAAGUGCAGCCUGCUGCACAUCAAACUGGCUGAGUUGUUUAACAGGAAGGCCUGGGAUGAGCCCCAGCUGGAGAGGGAGGUACCUGAAUCAGAGCAGCUGCUGGAGUAUGAGAGGAACAUCAGCAUCCUGACUGAAGUGAAGCAGCAGAUCAGUGCGGACACAGUGACAGCUCAGCAGCAGGCAGAGGAGCUCAGGGUGAAGUUCCAGGAAAAGCUGGAUAAGGUGGAAAGUGAAUGGCAAGUGUUUGUGGCACUGAAACAGGAUGUGGCUGUGACAGUUCUCAGCCGACACCUGGGGAAAGAAGUUGCUCAGGCCAAAGUUGAGGUAACCCUGGCAACAGAGAAGCUUUUGCAGGACAAGCUGAUCAAGGAGCACCUCAAGCACAUCCAGCUGAGGAUAAAGAUCCACAGGCUGGAGACAGAGCUGCGUGAGGGGGUACAACAUGCCAGAGACCCCAUACAGCUGCAAUUUGAGCAGCUGCAGGCUGAGAGGCUGGAGCUGAGGAAACACAUUGAGAAGCAAAACGAGGAAGCUGUAAAGAUGCAGAAAAAGAUCAGCAGCAACGUAGAGCUCCUGUCCAAUGUAAAGGAGAAGCUUUUCUGGGGUCAGUCGGAGGUCCAGGACAAGCGAGAGCAGCUGGCCUGGCUGGAGGCCAUAGUGUCCAGGAAGAGGGACGUCCUGACCAGGACCAGGCAGGCACGCAGCGGCCUGCAGAGAGACAACCAGAGGUUGAAGGAGCAGCAGGGACUGCUGGGGAACAGGGCCCUGCUGCAGGACUUUGAGGCCACUGUGGAUGCCUGCAACCGCCUGAAGGAACAGCGGGAGGGUCUGAAGGGCCUGCAAGCUGAGAUGGUCUUCAGCUGUGGCAGACAGAAGAAGAAGCUAGAAACAAUUAAAUAAAUGAAUGGACAAAUGAGUAAAAUGAACAUUUCAAGGUGCGAUCAGACACAACAUCAGCCAGAGAAAAAAAAACAGAUUAAAUAGACGAUGGUCAUCAGACAUUACGACUGGCUGUUUUCAUUUUUCAUUUAUUUAAUUAAAUCUCCAUUUAAUCAGACAGUCUCAUUUAGAUUAAGAUCAGCCAAAGAUCAACCCCUUAGAACAAGAAGCAUUCAAUAAAACACAAUCAGCAAAUCAGGAGCUGCACAGGAACAACACAACUACACAGUAACUACGCAGUUAUAAGAAAUGGUUUCAAGGAUAAUACAAACCAUCAGAUAAGAAAGCUUUAACAUCUCUGACGGGAAUGUAGGACUGUAAAUUUGAGUGUAGCUUACAGUAUAUUCCAUUUAAAAGUACCUGAUCUGAUCUAGUACCCGAAAGCAGCUCUGCCAACAUGAGGGAUGUCUGAGGAUCAGUAGGUGUGGAGCGUGCACUGUCACUGUCAGAUUUCAUUGACAUGAGUGAUGUGAGGUAGUUUGGAAGUUUCAGCAGCAGAGCUUUAUAAAUGAAUAACAUAAGAUGAAGAAUAAAAUGGUAAAGAACAAGAAUUAUAAUAAUAAAAUUGCAUUUUUAGUGUUCUAGAAAAAAAUAAAUGUAAACAUUACCUGUCCUAAACAAUUGAAUAAUGGCAAGGCUUAAGUUAUUCUUUAUUGUUCUUAUUGUCAAUAAAUUCCAUGGAAAGACUAUAUCACAUCAGGGACAACUGCAGAAUUAUUAGCCAAAUAAAGGGAUGGGGAAAAAAGACCAAAGCCAACAGUAUGUUGUGUUGUCUACUCAGUAUCUUCUGACUUCUCAAGCCCAUUCAUUCCUACUGAAAAUGUUUGUCUUUCGCAAUGGCGCAAAAAUCACAUAUAUAGUUUGAUUAUUUAAAAAGGCUCAGCUGUUUAUUAUAUCAACUGGUCACUACAGUUUUUAUAAAAACAGACAGGAGGAAAUGGUGCAUUUGUUGGAGACUGUUUUCAGCGGGGGUAUUAGUCCACAAUGGAUCGAUCCUAAGUCCCGCUCCCCUUAGUUAUUGUUGCUAGUUCAGACAAGACAUGACCUAGAUGGUCAUCCUAAAUUUCUGACACUGUCAUAAUUUGAUCCCAUGCUGUCUUCGAUCACAAGACCGUGACAACGACCAAUCAUGAACUUCCCACUGUGCGAUGUAAGAAUGCUGUUUUCGAGCCACGACCAAUGUUUGCUAUGUUUUUGCCAUCUCUUGCCUGAGACAGCCCAAAAUAUCCCAGUGUAUACAGAGCUUAAAUCACACUAAAUCUAAAAAUGUGUUUAUCAUGUUUGUGUGUUCAGAUUUCACUGAGUUAUGUCACAGUCACUGUUGCAGCUGUCAUGGUUUACCAUGUUGGCUAAAGGGCUCAAAACUACAAUU